UCUACCCUGCCCUAGUCCCAAAGGGGUCAUGUGUGCUCCAUGGCCGUCUCCUGGUGCCAGGGUCCAGGCACCCAGAUGCUGCGGACACUGGGAACUUGGAACUUGGUUCCCAGCCGCAUCCAGGGCCAAGGAGCUGGGGGUGACGGGACUCAGUACCUGUGAUGAGUCCAGGCUGGAGACACCUGGGGGAGGUCACAGUGGGCCCACAGAGCACUUGGGGUAGAAAGCAGGUGGGAGAGGUGCAGCGGGGCUGCUCAGAACACCCCCUCUGCUGUGGUGGCUCUGAAGACCCGUGCUUAGCAUGGGUCCUAGGACACUGGUGCUGUCCCCAGAGAUGUUCGUAGCCCGUGGUAGGACACUGUUGGGUUGUCACUGCCACCCCCGGGCCCACACUCAGACCUCACUGCUUCCCUCCACACACAGACCCUGGUUUCCGGCUGUGGUCAUAGUCUGUGUUUUUAAAUUUUCAUAGAAAUUCCUACUCAUAAAUGCCUCCCUGCACCACCUAGUAGGUAUCCUCUGAUCCCAGGUCCCAGUAGUUGAUUCAGUUGUCCUGAAUGAACAGAAGAUGACCCGAGGAGGAAGUGGACUGGCCAAGUUCAAAGGAGAGAAGGUCUUUCCCUGAACAAGAGGGAACAGCAGGGGCUGGGCUGUGACUUAGUGGUGGAGCGCUUGCCUAGCACAUGGGUGACACUAGUUCCAUCCUUGCUCCACAAUUAAAAAAAAAAAAAAAAAAGUAAGUAACUCAGUGAGACCUUGCCUCUAAAUAAAAUAGAAAAUAGGGCUGGAGAUGUGGCUCAGUGGUCAAGUGCCCCUGAGAUCAAUCCCUGGUACCCACCCACCCCCAAUAAAGGUAUUGUGUCCAUCUACAACUACAAAAUACAUUAAAAAAAAAAAAAAAAAGAGGGAACAGCAGCUUCUCUGCCUGCCCAGGCUCCUGAACCCUCUCCUGGGCCCAUCAGUGCACUUCUGAUAAAAUCCAGGGCUGGCAGAGCACCCCGCCCAUCCAUUUAGCAGGCAUAGCCCCCUUCCUGUAUCUGGUCACCUGGGCUUGUCUCCAGGGGAGUCUUACUGGGUUGGUUAGGUCAGAAGAACCCUCACCCCAACACUUCUUCCUAGACUCUCCAUCCGAGGCCCUGCCGUGCUCCCUGGCUGUACAUCCUCACCUACCUAGGCUUCCUCCAGCCCAAGAUGCCUUUGCAAGGUCUCUGCCUGUUGGGAUGGCUCUGGAUCGUCUCCUGGGCCUCAGUAGGCACCGUUCGAUAACCGUUCCUCUAUUUCUGCACCAAGCCACUCUGAAGAUUUCCAGUGACCACCAGAGCCUGGAGGAGGAAAGGAAGGAGCCUCCCCAGCUGCUCUGAGGAAGAACACUCUGCUGAUGCCCUCAUUUCACAAUUCUGGCCUCCAGAACUUUGAGUUUCUGGCGGACACAACAUCUUUGUUUGUAUGUGGUGCUGAGGAUCGAACACGGGCCGCACGCAUGCCAGGCGAGCGCGCUACCGCUUGAGCCACAUCCCCAGCCCUUGUGUUUCACAUUUUAAAUGCAAGUCUAUGGAGUAUUCUGAUAGGUUUUAAGGUCCAGGUGUGUGCUUUCUUGAAGUGUGUCCUUUUGCAGUCAGUGCUGUCUAUUCUAAGUUUAGAAACAGCUUGCUGGGAAUUUCACUGGGACUUCCCUGAAUCUGCAGAUCAGGUUUGAGAUAAUUUCAUAUUAACUAUAUUGAGACCUGAACAAGGAACAUCUCUGCAUUUAUUUAUAUUUUACUUUAUUUCUUCUUACAAUGUUUCAAGAUUUACUGAAGGUAUGAUUGUACUUUAAGACUUACAUGCAAAUAAGGGGGGCUGCUUUUUAAAAUAUAUAUAUAUUUUUAGUUGUAGAUGGACCCAAUAUCUUUAUUAUUUUUAUGUGGUGCUGAGGAUCGAAUCCAAUGCCUCACAUAUGCGAGUAAAGCGCUGUACCACUGAGCCACAACCUCAGUCUCAGGGAGGUGCUAUUUUUAAUCUUAAUGCUUUAAAAUUUUUCUUAUUCCAGUUUUCAAAUUCCACUGUUUCCUCUACAUUAUUGCUGAUAUAUAGGAAAUCAAUGGAAUUUUGUCUAUGGGCCAUGCAUUUUGCUUCUUGCUAUCUCCAUUCUUUCUGACCAAGACAUAGAAUGGUGGGUUCUAUUUCUUUUUGAUUUCAAAAAUCAUAAUCUGGAAUAAUCAGAAUAUGAGUUUCAGAGCUUCACUGUGACUAGCAGGAGGCAGCAUGGGGCAUCCCGCAUUUCCCACAGUGGCCAGAAGGUGGCGAUCAGAGCAACUUUCUCUCACAUGGUGAAACACCUGCUUUUGAGGGGCUGUGUUCUGUGUCCUCUGCAAGCUUCCUUCUCCGUGGACUCAUCUGGGAGAUGCUAUGCUGGGAACACCUUGGGGGACGAUGUCCAAUGAGGAUCAGAACUUCCUUCUUCUCAGAACACACCUGGGAGAUACUAUGGCCUGGGGAUACCUGAGAAUUCCGUCCGGUGGGGACCACAGCUUCCUUCUCCUUGCCAUCUACCCGUGGAGACUCACUGUGGAUUCAGGAUGAUGGAGGUCUAUGUGAAGAAACAAGAGGAAGGAGCUUCCUGUGCAUUGCUUGGUGUGCUGAGGAAGAAACUGUGCGUGUUCUUUACAAGGUAACAUCGUAGCAGAACUUAUUUUGCAACAGUAUUCCUUACUCAAGACUUUGAAUGUUCUUCAUGUCAAUGUGUUUUGUGUGGUUUGAGUAUAUUUUGGGGGAGAAAUCCAGGGAUACAGAAAGGAGAAACACAGAAGGCCCCUCAGGAUGGCACAGGGAGGACCCAGCGCCAGGAGUCUAACUGGGGCCCGAGGGGAAGAGCUAAUGUGCCCGUUAUUGCUUGCUUUUAUCUGGUUUUAAUGACUCAUUUUCUUAUAGUGUUAAAGAACUAUAGUGUUAAAGUGAUGUGUUAAAAUUCAAAGUAUAAAUAAAUAAGUAUAAAUAUUAUAUUUGUGUCUGUUACAAGAAGAACUUAGUGGGUGGGGUUAUAAGUUGGGGUAGCAUGUGUGAGGAUGUGGGCUCAAUUCCAGGCACUGUGAGGUAAAACAAAACGAAGAAACAAGACACAGACUUGGAGAUCUACAGCAUAAAUUAACUGCCUUUGUCAAUAAGAAGGUGAUAAGAAAAGGAAGAUAUAUUAAUCAAAUGAAAUGGAUGCUCCUAGUUUGAAUCUUCUUUGUUUGUGUCGAACUCAAAAAUUUCUUUGAAAUAGCUGGAGAAAUUGGUAUAUUAAUUGGGCAUUUGAUAUUAACAAAUUAUUCAUGAUUAUUUUCUUUAUUUUUUUUAAAAAAAUGUUUUUAGUUAUAGAUGGACACAAUACCUUUAUUUUGCUUAGUUUUUCUUUGUGGUACUGACGAUUGACCCAGUGCCUCACGGGUGCUAGGCAAGUGGUCUACCACUGACUAAGCCACAACCCCAGCCCUGUGAUUAGUUUCCAUUGUGGCUGUAUUAAAGACUUUUUUCCACUGCAUGACUACAAUAUUUUUGAAGACACCUGAUGACAAGUCCCAGGCAUCCCAGUGAUGAUGGCUGUGUGGACAGUCUCCAGGCUGCAGUACCCGUAAUCCUUGGGGAAUCAGGGCCAAUAUGUGGCCUACAGCUCCUACAAGGCAUACCUGGUAGGUCCUUGGGCAGAUGCUGGAUUGAAUUACACAGAAUACUAAAAGAAUAGUUCCCAGGAACCCCUGUGGUGGGAACUGCAUGGGCAGAAAAUGACUACUCAGAAUUCAUGGGGGCUCCUGGCCAACUAUUGGCCUGCAGUUCCCAGAAGUCUUUAUGCAGAACUCUUGACUGGGCAGGCUGUUGUUGGGAUGCCCUACCCAGAAUCCUCAGUGUGCCAGAGUCCUUUGUGGGGGAUCCUUGGGUGGACAGGCAGUCUCUGGGAUGCCCUACCCAGAAUCCUCAGUGUGCCAGAGUCCUUUGUGGGGGAUCCUUGGGUGGACAGGCAGUCUCUUGAUACCCUACCCAGAAUCCUCAGUGUGCCAGAGUCCUUUGUGGGGGAUCCUUGGGUGGACAGGCUGUUGUUGGGAUGCCCUACCCAGAAUCCUCAGUGUGCCAGAGUCCUUUGUGGGGGAACUUGGGUGGACAGGCAGUCUCUGGGAUGCCCUACCCAGAAUCCUCAGUGUGCCGGAGUCCUUUGUGGGGGAUCCUUGGGUGGACAGGCAGUCUCUGGGAUGCCCUACCCAGAAUCCUCAGUGUGCCAGAGUCCUUUGUGGGGGAACUUGGGUGGACAGGCAGUCUCUGGGAUGCCCUACCCAGAAUCCUCAGUGUGCCGGAGUCCUUUGUGGGGGAUCCUUGGGUGGACAGGCAGUCUCUGGGAUGCCCUACCCAGAAUCCUCAGUGUGCCAGAGUCCUUUGUGGGGGAUCCUUGGGUGGACAGGCAGUCUCUGGGAUGCCCUACCCAGAAUCCUCAGUGUGCCGGAGUCCUUUGUGGGGGAUCCUUGAGUGGACAGGCAGUCUCUGGGAUGCCCUACCCAGAAUCCUCAGUGUGCCGGAGUCCUUUGUGGGGGAUCCUUGGGUGGACAGGCAGUCUCUGGGAUGCCCUACCCAGAAUCCUCAGUGUGCCGGAGUCCUUUGUGGGGGAUCCUUGGGUGGACAGGCAGUCUCUGGGAUGCCCUACCCAGAAUCCUCAGUGUGCUGGAGUCCUUUGUGGGGGAUCCUUGGGUGGACAGGCAGUCUCUGGGAUGCCCUACCCAGAAUCCUCAGUGUAUCACGGUUCUUUGUGGAGAAUCCUUGGGUGAGCAGGCAGUUGCUGGAAUACCCUUCCCGGAGUCCUCAGUAUGCCAAAUCCAUGGGAAUUCUGAGUGAAUGUGCAAAGUCCUUUUUGGGGAAUUCGUGGCUUGACAUGCAGUCUUUGGGAUGCCGUACCCAGAGGUGUUUGUGGAGAAUAUUUGGCUGUCCAGGCAGUUGCUGUUGAACAGUAUUCAUAAUUCUCAGUUUACCAGGGUAAGCAUGUGGCGCUAAAACUUCCAGGGUCUUCUUGGUGAGUGUUGACAGCAGAAUGCUAGACGACACUACCGGGAGUCCUCAGGUGUCUGACAAGAAUAUGGCCAGCAACUCCUAGGAUCCUCUGUGGUGAGAGUUGCAAAGUUUUGAUAGACUGCCAUACACAGAAUCCUUCAGGGCCUGCAGUUCCCAGAAGCCUUUAUAUUGAGUAGUGACAGUUUGCACUACCCAUAACUCUUGUGGACCUGAGGCUCAAAGACCUCUACUAUGAUAGCUGUGUGGGAAGAAUGACAAACUAUGCUAUCAGUUAUCCUGGGUUGUCUGCCACUCCCAGGAGCCUCUGGGGUGAGGGCACAAGGGCAGAAUACCAGACUUCAGUGCUCUGAAUUCCUGGGGAUGCCUGCACCCUGUAACUCUGUAACUCCCAGAAGUUUCUGUGUGAGGGCUGCAAUGGUAGACCACACUAUCUAUAAUCUUCAGGAUACCUGAGAAAGCAUGGGGUCUGCAGCUUUUGUGGUCUUCCCAGCAGGGCUGGCAAGCAAAACACUAAACUACAUUUUCCAGAAUCCUCUAGGGCUGCAGCUCCAGGAUCCUCUGUGCUGAUCAGACAAACCCUUAGUCUACAUUACCCACAGCCCUCAGGGGUCAUGGCUCCUGGAAUCCUCUGUGGUAAUUGAGCAAGAACACUGCAUCACUUUACCCGUAUCCUCAGGGGAUGCAGUUCUAGAAUCCUCUGUGGUAAGUGCAAACCACUGGACUGCUUGCCCACAUCUUCUAAGGUCUGUAGCCUCCAAGAUUCUCUGCAGUGAACAGGCAAAAACACAGGACUGCAUCACCCAGAAUCUUCAGGGGACUGUAGCUCUCAGGAUCCUCUGUGGUGAGGACUGUAGGCCGAAAACCUAAGUACACUCAGCAGAAUCCUUGGGUGGGGUGUUGCCCAGGUGAGUGGGCAGCCUGCAACUCCCAGAGGCCUACAGAGUGAAGGCUACUCAUGCUGCAGAUCAGACUACACUACCCUGAACUCCUGGGGGCUGGCAGCUCCCAGGCACCUGCCCAUUGAGAACUUCUUCGGGAAGGUUUGUAUUCUGCUACCCAGAUUCCUUGGGGUGCCCAGGUAGGCUGUAGUAUGCGAUCCUUGGAGCUUGAUGCUGAGGUCCUCUUUUGUAUGAUGGGCUGCACUAACCAAAAUAAUCAAUGGUCCACAGUUCUAGAGACCUUUGAGGUCAGGGCUGCCUGAGUGGAACAGACUAUAUAUAAUACCCAGAAUUCCUGGAGGCUCAGAACUCCAAGGAGCUGCUGGAGUGUGGGCUGCAUUAACAACAGCAGACUACAAUGUCCAUCAUGCUGUGAGGAUCAUGUGUGCACCUCCGUAGAGGAGCUGCACCUCCAUAGAGGUUCAGCUCCAAGAAUCCUCUUUGGUGAAGGAUGCAAGGGCAGAAACGCCAGACUGCACUUCCCAGAAUCCUCAGGGGUGUCUGUAAGAUGGGCUAGUAAGCAGCUCUCAGAAACUUCUGCAAUGGGGCUGCAUUGUAGAGUACUGGACUCUGCUACCCAGAAUCCUAGGGGUGUGUGCUUCUUGCAGGUCCUAUAGGCUUCUGGGAUGAGGGCUGUGUGGAAAGAAAUCCAGGCUCCCCUGCCCCAGAAUCCCUGGGAGUUCUGAUGAAUGUGCAGCCUGCAGCUCCCAGAGGCGACUGGGGGCUUGGUCUGAGCUCAGGUUCUCCUUACCUUGAUAGUGGCUACCUUGGACUGGGAUUUAACUGCUGUUCUUAAAACCCUUGAUCCUAAAAUGGGGCAGUCCCAGCUCAGUUACUCCAUCUUAAAGACCACACUUCCCAAAGGCCUCUGUGUGGCCAGUUCCUGGCAUUCUGCCCUGGGUCGCAGGAGUGAAGCUGGGGCUCCACGUAGCUGCGCCUGUCGGGUUUCUCUGCUCACACGGCGCCUGGCUGCAGCAGCACCUGGCACCUUUUGAAUAUAUGCCAAAAAGUGAUACAGCUGUAUCACACAGCAGUUGUGCAUUCAGUUUUUAGAAGGGAUCUCCAUAUUGUUUUCCAUCGUAUCUGUACUAGUUUACAUUCCCACUAAAUUGCACAUGAGGGUUCCUUUAUCUCCGCGUCCUUAUACCAUUUGACAUUUUUUUGUUUUUUGAAAGUGAUCAUACUAAUCGGGGUAAGACAUGACCUCAAUGUAGUUAUUUGCAUUUCCUUGGUGGGAUCUCAGGAGGGUGGUCUCCUGGAUUCCCUUUUCUUCUCUCCUGAGAUGUCACUCCCUGUGAUGCCACAGAUAAUACACACAGACCUAGGCAAGGCAGGAAGAAGGUUGUUGUGUUUUGGUACCGGGGAUUGAACCCGGGGUCAACACCGCAGCCCUUUUCUGUACUUUGUUUGGAGACUUGGUCUCACGGCGUUGCUCAGAGCCUGGCUAAGUUGCUGAAGCUGGUGUUAGAACUCAUGACCCUCCUGUCAGUCGGCCCGAGCUACUGGGAUCACAGGCCUAGGCUCCGGCGGGGACCAGAGCCAGAGGGAGCUGCAAUUCCCCACAAGGUCGGGAAGCGCGGCCCCAGGAUCCGACCAAGGCCUUCGCGGGGCGGGGCCGCCAGGGGGUGUGGCCAGGCGUGGGCGGGGCCUCGGCGGCG